UACAAAAAGUUACUACUAUUUUUUACAGACACUUUCUGGUGCCCCUGUUGCCAGAUUUUUUAUUGUUGUUGUUUUUUUGCAGUUACAGAGAGAGUUUUAGUCAGUCAAGGGGAAUUGCUCUCAUGUGGGGCACCUCAGCUUUAUAUAUUUAGUGUAGGUCUUUAAAAAGAUAAAAAAAAAAAAACAAUGGUUAGUUUUCUAAGUUAAAAAUGUAGAGACUAUCUGCCCUGUUUUUUGCCAGUUCCAAUUUUAUUCUCAGCAUUUCUUCUGAAUUAUUGUUAUACAAGAACUUCCCAUAGUGCUUUUACAAUUCUCCUGGAAAGUGAUAUACGUUUAGGGGGCAUAUCAGUAAUAUAGAAGCUUUUUGUAUUCAGUCUUGAGAAAGUAAAUCCUGGUGUGAAAUGGGUGAGGUCAUUAUUCAGGUAUUUACCACCACACACACAGAGAACAGUGCUAUAAGCCUUUUAUCAGCGAGAUCAAAGUCUCCUCUGGUUGUUUCAGUGUCCCGGUUUCAUAUUUUGACUUGGGGUUGUCUACAUUGUUUGCCUACACUGCCUUCUUAGUAUACCACUUCUGUUAUGUCUUCUGGUAGGGCCAGAACAAUUGGUCUUGAAAAUGGAAUAAAUGGGGUCCCUAAACUGAUGGACCUUUUGGAUGAACCAGUGCCGGGUGUGGGCACCUAUGAAGACUUUAACACCAUCGACUGGGUUCGAGAAAAGUCCAAAGACCGCGACCGCCACAGAGAGAUCACCAAUAAGAGUAAAGAGUCAACGUGGCAUUUGAUGAAGAGCAUUAAUGAUGCCUUCUCUGGUUGGCUCCUCAUGCUCCUGGUUGGACUGAUGUCAGGUGCCUUGGCUGGUGGGAUUGAUAUCUCUGCUCACUGGAUGACAGACCUGAAAGAAGGAGUGUGUCUCCGUGGCUUCUGGUUUAACCAUGAACACUGCUGCUGGAGCUCCAACGAGAACACGUUCCAGGAGAGAGACAAGUGUCCUGACUGGAAGAGCUGGGCUGAACUCCUUAUUGGCUACAAUGACGGGCCUUUAGCCUACAUCAUGAACUAUCUCCUGUAUGUGUGCUGGGCCCUUCUCUUCUCCUUCUUAGCAGUGUCUCUAGUCAGAGCCUUCGCUCCCUACGCCUGUGGCUCUGGUAUCCCUGAGAUUAAAACCAUUCUUAGUGGGUUCAUCAUCCGUGGUUACCUGGGAAAAUGGACCCUGAUGAUAAAAACUAUCACUCUGGUGCUGGCUGUGUCGUCUGGCCUCAGUUUGGGCAAAGAGGGUCCUCUGGUCCAUGUAGCCUGCUGCUGCGGAAACAUUCUCUGCCACCUUUUCACCAAAUAUCGAAAGAACGAGGCAAAAAGAAGAGAGGUGCUUUCUGCCGCAGCUGCAGUUGGUGUUUCUGUGGCUUUCGGUGCUCCUAUUGGAGGAGUCCUCUUCAGCCUGGAGGAGGUGAGUUAUUACUUCCCCUUGAAGACACUGUGGCGCUCUUUCUUUGCUGCUUUGGUGGCUGCCUUCACACUGCGCUCUAUCAACCCGUUCGGGAACAGCCGACUUGUGCUGUUUUAUGUGGAGUUCCACUCCCCCUGGCACCUUGUGGAGCUGGUGCCGUUUGUGUUUCUGGGCAUCUUCGGAGGAAUCUGGGGUGCUUUCUUUAUCCGGGCCAACAUUGCCUGGUGUCGAAGGCGCAAGACCACAUGGUUAGGCCACUACCCAGUGCUAGAGGUGCUGGUGGUAACAGCGGUCACAGCAGUACUGGCGUUCCCCAACAGUUACACGCGCAUGAGCACCAGCGAGUUGAUUUCUGAGCUGUUUAAUGACUGUGGACUGCUGGACUCAUCCCAGCUGUGCAACUAUGAAAACAUUACCGACAUCAAGCUCAGUGGCAACACGUUGCCUGACCGGCCUGCGGGCCACGAUGUCUACACAGCCAUGUGGCAGCUUUCACUGGCACUCAUCUUUAAGAUGCUCAUCACUGUGGUGACGUUCGGUAUGAAGGUACCCUCAGGUCUGUUCAUCCCCAGCAUGGCAGUUGGAGCGAUAGCAGGCAGGCUGCUGGGGGUGGGCAUGGAGCAGUUGGCAUAUUACAACCAUGACUGGGUGAUCUUCAAGGGCUGGUGCUCACCUGGAGCAGACUGCAUCACACCAGGACUGUAUGCCAUGGUGGGCGCCGCUGCCUGUUUGGGUGGCGUGACCCGUAUGACCGUCUCUCUGGUGGUCAUCAUGUUUGAGCUGACUGGAGGUUUAGAGUACAUUGUGCCCCUCAUGGCUGCUACCAUGACUAGCAAGUGGGUGGCAGAUGCGCUGGGUCGUGAAGGCAUCUAUGAGGCCCACAUCAGACUGAAUGGUUACCCUUUUCUAGAGCAUAAAGAGGAGUUUAGCCACAAGACGCUGGCCAUGGACAUUAUGCGGCCUCGCCGUAGCGACCCCCCGCUCUCUGUUAUAACACAGGAUGGCAUGACUGUACAGGAGGUGGAGGAACUUAUUGCUGACACAACUUACAGUGGCUUCCCUGUGGUGGUCUCUCAUGAGUCACAGAGGCUGGUUGGCUUUGUGCUGCGCCGGGAUGUGGUCAUCUCUAUCGACAAUGCUCGCCUAAGGCAGGAAGGUAUUGUCAGCACCUCUCGAGUUUUCUUCACGGAGUACACCCCCCCCCAGCCUCCCAACUUCCCCCCUUCCCUGAAGCUGCGUGGCAUCAUGGAUCUCAGCCCAUUCACCGUAACAGACCACACUGCCAUGGACAUUGUGGUGGACAUCUUUCGCAAACUUGGACUGCGCCAGUGUCUCGUCACUCAUAAUGGGCGCUUACUGGGCAUCAUCACCAAGAAGGACAUUUUAAAGCACAUGGCCCAAAUAGCCAACCGUGACCCAGACUCCAUCAUGUUCAACUGAAUCUCCAAGUUGGCCUUUGUGAUCUCACCCAUCCCGCAGUGUGUAGCCACCUGUUGGGCAGGGUAACCCCCUGCCUGAGCAAUCAUUUGCACUACAGCACAGUAUGGUUUGUGCUGGAUGAGAGUCCACUCACACUGUGAUGGCCGUUUUGUAGGGCCUCUCCGCUGCAGGCACCCUGCCGAGAUGGACGACUUGCAGCAAAACACCCUAUGCACCUCAACAUCGAGCUUAAUCACCAAGCUUGGCCAAAUUAAGAUGCCAAGUUACUACAUUUUUUCUUGUUCUCAUUUUCCAAGCAGCCAAUCUAUCAUAACAUAUCAAGACUAUCACUACACUUUGAAGAAAAUUCAGAGCAUAUGCACACACUAGAAUCUCAACUGUGUUCACUUUUUACCUUUACCUUUAGCUAAAAUGUGUUGAAAUUCCUGCAAAAUGAUGAAAAUCAACUCCAUGGCCUCCACUGACUCUCCUAACAUCUAAAAAUCCCAUGUUCUUUCAUUGGCAGAGGAGUGCUGUAUUCAUCUUGUAUUAAAAACUGUUUAAUUUAAAUGUGUGCAAGCAGGAAAUGACUGAUUUUAGCUUUGCAUUUUGCAAGGUUUCAGUCAUUAGUUGUGCUAAUAGCACUACAGGGAGUGAGGAGUAAGUAGCAGGUCUUCUCAGGAGUGGCGGUACGUUCUCAUAUUGAUAUGUUUCCUGUUUUUUUCCCCCCAUGUUUCUGGCCGCGUUUGACAUUGAAUUGCUAGGACUGAUCAGUUCUCAUUUUAGGAAAUUUUCAUUCACAUUCUUUAAGAAUAUGUGGGGAGUUGCAGAGCACUUUUUUUCUUCUUGGAGCCUUUUUACAUCUGGCAUUAACAUGCAUUAUGCUUCUUUUUAUCUGGAUAUACUUUGAUCAGACUUUGAUUCAGAACAGUUGUCACUAUGGUGCAUACAGAUUAUCCCAGUCUAGGAGCAUGUGAACAGUUUUAGUUUGGUCCGAGACAAAAUAGCAAGUAUGAACCAUGGUCUGGAUCAGAGGACCAACAUUUGGUCUGUUUAAAAGAGGUGGUCUUGAUCUGGAUCAACUGAACUAUAGUCUGGUUCAUUUGGAGUGUAAACGAAUUUUUGGAUGGUUCAGACUUUCAUACCAUUUACUGGAAAUUAAGGCAGGCUAUCUUCACCCAUUAAACAACACACGAAAAAAGAACCAGUAAUGUGCCAAAAUCUGACUCCCAUUUGCGUUGACUUGCGUCACACAGCAGUAUAUGCUCAAAUGCUAAUGCAUGUUAUUCAUGCAUCUACUGUAACUAGAUUUACCUUUAUUUAUGAACAAAAAUAAGAGAAAUAUGCACGCAAAGGGGAGUUCUUUGCAGGGAGGCAGAAUUUGCCUCAACACCUGGCAACAUUUUACAAACCAAUCAGUGUCAGGUAUAGAGAGAUGCAGCCCACAACUACUGUAUGUGAUAACGUAAAGAACUAUUUAGAACCACAAGGACGUUCCCUUCCUGUAAUACUGCUUUCAUCUAAUGCAAAACAUGAGGAUGCCAGUAUGGAAAUGUACAGCAUGAGGGAGAUGAGAGAAAAAAUCGAAAAAUAACUACACUAAUAAUUUUCUACUGUUGUAUUUUGAAUUAUUGCAUUUUCACUGACUCUAAUCACAAAAAAAACUAUUAUGGACAAGAUCCAGUUCUGACCACCUCUGAAUGUAGAAUGGAGUAAUCCGAUCAUAAUCUGAUCACAGUGCUUCCUGGGAAUCUUUACAUCUGGCUUUUAAGUGGUCAAGAAAAAUCUGAACAUCAUCCAAUAACCAAAAAGGUAUGUUAAUGCCAGGUCCAGAUAAGCUCUAAGAGUUACAGUUUUGAGGUUUGCACACACAUUUAGGAAUGAACUAUUUUUCUGGUUUUAUUUCCAUUUUAGUCAUAGAGAAUGAAAUCUGCAGUGAAGCUGGGCAUUCCACUCUUUGGUUUAUAUUGGCUGUUUUUGUGCUGAGUUGAUUUGGCAUGAAAUCACUGCUGGGUAUCACUAGUAUAUAGUAUACCCAGCUGGUCCUGACCACUGUUGUCCUUGAAUGAUUUUAUUGUCUUUUCCAGAAAUCCUUCGUCUUGUUGCUUCAAUGGUUGAUUUCGAAAAUAUUAUUUAUGUUAAAUCAGCACGUUCUAAGAUUUUGUCUAUGCAGAAAGCAGCUGUGUUCAUUUGAUGUGAACACAUGUGAACACAGCCCACAUGUGAACACAGCCCUGCUGCCUGCCUAGCACCUGAGAGCUCUUUUAGCCGCAGUGCUGCUGAUUAUUUCAUAUAUUUCACUCAUGGCUGGUUUAACGAGCCACCUGCAGCAAAAUAUGUUAUAUAUUGUAUUAUUCUAUAUGCCUCAUGAUAUGAUGCAUGCAUGAAUGAAACUCUCAGUGAUGUAUCACAAUAACCAUCUUUUAAAUACAACCCUAAGUUCAGCAUUUUCAAGUUAUUAUGUAAAAACCUUAUGUAAACAGUAUAUCAUUUUAAAUAUUGCUGAAAAUUCUUUAUUACUCCUACAGGGGGCAUGUUCACAGGUUUGUUUCUUAAGCUUCUCCACAUAAAAAUAUGGAUUGUAAAACAGGUGCUACAGGCCAUAAGAUGAUUAUCACCAUCAGGUGAUAUACCUACCCAUACAAGAAGCUCUCUCAUUGUUUACAUCCUCCAAAGACACAUUUAUAUUUAUUACUUUUAGCUCUUAAUCAUCUCAUCAUAUACACCUU